AAUAAACAUUACACACGAGCACAUUUGUAUCAAAUCUUAAAAGUUAGCAAUAAUGAAUCAAAUGAAGUUGUUGUGUGAAUUAGAAGCAACGAGAGUAAGGUGCAAAGAGCAUCCAAAUGAUAAACAAUUACCAGGUGUUUGUUCCUCUUGUUUAAGAGACAAACUCUCGCAGCUUUAUACUAAGAACUCUAAUGAUUGUUCUCUCUACUAUUGUUCUCCUUUGUCACCUUCUUCUCCUCAACCUACUGAUGAGGAUUCAACAAAUCAUGGGUCUUUGGGGCAUCGUAAUAGACGCUUUAACCGGAAUGCUUCGCAUGCGGCUGGUUCGGUUUCUUGUAUGAUAAGCUUUAAUAAUGCUUUGAAUUUGAAGAAGAGCAAGUCGCUUGCCGUUGCUACGAGGAGCAGAGUCAGGGAGAGGGAUGUUGGUGGGGGGCGGGGAAGGAAGAAAGAUGGCUUUUGGUCCAAGGUACUUAAACUGAGAAGAAAGGAGACAGAGGAAUCUGUUGUGAAAUCCAGGACUUGAAGGUUGAUACAUGAUGUGUUACAUAUUAAAUUUGGAUUGUAUCAGAAAUUUCUUUAGAUUUUAAUUAUAUGAUUUUAUUAUUGUCAUUAUUAUUUAAUUCCAUCAACAUAAAUGGCAAAAUAUUGCAUUCUUUGAAUUCUCCUCCAUGCGUAAUAGUUUUAAAGAAUAAAUAAUGUGUCGGUAUUGUUACAAUGUCGAAUAGUUACCUAUGUCAAACAUCAUACACCUUUUUAUUCAGAGGUGUGUAUUGGUAUUAUAAGAUGUAGAUCUAUGCUUUAUUUUAUUUUUACAGAAGAAUGCGGCAGUCCAAAUGUUUUAUAUCUGGUGAUGAAAAAUGAGCAAAAUAGGCAUCCAACGGAUAGAAUGCAAUCUACAAAGAUAUUAUGAGUGGAAUUAAAUUGAAUAACGCUCUCCAACACCAAUGAGUUUGUAUUUACAUUACCAAAACAAUACUAAUUUUAAGAUGUCAGAAAUUAUAUUUGUAACUUCUAAAUGAAAUAGUUUUACAUUGUUAUUCAAUAGAAAUAUAUCACUUAGUCGUGUCAUAUCAGUAAUUUAAAAAUUACAAUAACUAGGCAGGAUACAUGGUCGUGAUACUGUCAAUGCAUCACCCCUUUUCUCAACAAUUUAUAUCAUUCAAAUUUUACUCCAAAUUUAUUAGAGAUUUUUUUAGUAGCGAGUGCAGAUUGAGAGGUUAUAUAAUCAAACUAGGAAUCCUAA